AUGAAGGUUCCAGCAUUGUUUUUCUUUUUCUCCGCCGUUGCCACGGCUCAAACGGUAAUUGAGUCCUCGAGCUUUGGUCAUGGUGCCAUGGUGGCGCCCAAUCGAGAAGGCAUUCCGGGUUGGGACAUAGGAGGAGAGGGACAUUUCCCUCAGAUUCUUUCCAAUAAAGUUAUCUUGACGCCCCCAUAUCCAGGCAAUACGAGAGGGUAUGCCUGGUCUCAGACCCCUUUGUCCCAGUCAGAAUGGGCAGCCGAGUUUCAAUUCCGAGCAACUGGAGUAGAGAGAGCUGGAGGAAAUCUCCAGCUUUGGUACGCCAAGGAUGGAAAGCAGAAAAUCGGCUCCGCGAGUAUCUACACCGUUGGCCAAUGGGAUGGGUUUGCGCUCGUGGUAGACACACAUAGUGGAAGGGGUGGCAGCAUCAGAGGAUUUCUAAACGACGGCACGACGGACUACAAAAGCCACAGCAGCGUCGAUAGCCUAGCUUUUGGACAUUGCGACUAUUCAUACCGUAACCUCGGACGGCCGUCAGUCAUCCGAGUUAGGUCCACUAAUGCUAUCUUCGAGGUCACGGUGGAUGAUAAGCCUUGCUUCGCGACGGACAAGAUUACUCUUCCUGCCGGAAACACUAUUGGCGUCACAGCUGCAACCCCUGAGAACCCAGACUCUUUCGAAGUCUUCAAGGUCGUCCUACAGACCGCCACUUCUCCUGUCGGAAAAGCCCCGCCUGUCCAAGCACAGAAUACAAACCAGCAACCUCUCGCAGAUCAGCCGCAGGGAAACGCCCGGCAAGAACAGGGUUUUUCGAACAACCUUAACUCAAUAAACGCGCAAUUCGUGGACCUAGGUAGCCGUAUUCAACUCGUCAACCACGCUACUAACAAUAUCAUCCGCGAGCUUGGGAACCAGGCUUCCAAAUCCGAAACUAGACAAUUGGAGUUACUCCAGCGAGUUGCCACCAAGGAACAAGUCCAGAGUCUUGAAGCUCGCCUUCAGCGUAUGGAGCAGACGCUACUAUCCAUUCAACGCGAUCUUGAAGGCAAGGACUACCGUGACCGGUUUAACCAGCUGCACGAAACUCUGAGGUCGUCUCAUCAAAGCCUGACAGAAAAUCUCAAGGACAAUGUUGUUAGCGUGAUUACGGCCUCAACUCCCCGCAUGGGCUUCUUCAUAUUCUCAAUGAUCGCCUUCCAAGUCUUCCUCGCUGUUUCAUACAUCAUAUACAAGCGCCGCCGUGCCAACAUGCCUAAAAAAUUCCUAUGAUCACAUUCUGCAUGAAUGACGGAGGACACGAUUUGAUUUUCAGUAUCCCUCAUAUUUUAUGUAAAGCUAGCCGGCAUUGAAAGCUCUUUUGACUUUAGUACCAUUAGCAUCAUGCUAGUUCCAUUGCCAUGUAUAUUCAUUUGGUUAUUAUGUG